CUGGAUUCGAUUGGAAUGGAUGGCUUGGACGCGUUUUCAUUUCCAUCCAUCAUCAUCAAUCAUUCAUCACAAUCUCACUUUUGAUUGUGUGGAGGCAUUCCAACCUUCUCAUCACGUCAACCAAGAAGGACUUCUCCAUCAAAAGGUAUCGCAAGGAAAGCGGUACAGUUCACUCUCUAAACACACGGACCUGCUCAUCCAGCUGCAAGCUUGCCAGAUCACAACUUUACCUUACAUUUGCUCUCUCACUUGCUCCAUGCUGUCACGUUUGACCUAAGAAGAAAUAGCAACACACACGCAUAUACUCGACUCGAUCUCGGCUGGGUUCAAACGCAAUCGUAGCAGAUACUGCAAUGCCUUUGAUCAAACGUAAACCGGUCGAUUUGGUUUUACCGCCUCGCAAGGAUGACCUUGGAAGUGAUGAAGCAGCCGUGUUCUACAUUCAACAAACGGGUGAAAUAUUUUUGGAUUACGAAGAAUACGUUCAAAGAUUAUCCUUCUAUCAGCAACAUAUCUUUCAAUGUGAACUUUCAGGACGCAUUCAUUUGACUUUCUUCGAAGCUUUGAAAUCGGAACGAAAGGAAUCAGCUUGGGUACAUCGCAACUUCCCCGAACCGCUGAAAGAGCCUAUUCUGAGAAGUGUGCAGUUCUACGUGACUGGUCGGAUUGAUGAAUUGGUGGACCUCGUAUUCGAUCGUUUCAAAGAUCGAUUCUUUGUUGAUGAAACAGUCAUCUUGGAUAUCCAUGGUGACAAAUUCCCAGCUGCGGUCAGAAAGGUAUUCCCGAGCAGAAACUUGAUCAGAAGAAGGGAAGAGGAAGUCGCACUUUCAAUGAAAAUCGAACAAAGUCUACAGAACAAGAUUAAAAGUGAGGACAAUGGAGAGAAUGAUUCGGUCUUGUCCGACCCUCCCGAAGAAAGCCCCAGCAAAGACCAAAGGCCGGACGUGCGAUUGGAGCCAAAAGACAUCUCCCACAGAAUCGGCACAGACCUAACUAGAGAUAGCGAUGAAGUGAUGAAAGAGGAUCAUCCAAUCGAUGACUACCUAUACAACGUGCAAUUGCUAAGUGCUGAUGGCGAAGACGACUUCUCUAUGGCGCUGAUGGAGAGAAGAGCCGACACACUCACGCGAGACCGAUCCACGUUCUCGAAAACGAUGUUACGCAAAUACUUGAAAGAUUGUGUAAUUCGUGAUCCUAGUAUUGGUUCUCCUUGGGUUGUCAAACCAAUUUUGGCAGAAAAGUAUGGAAUACCACAACAAGCAUCGGAAGAUAUUGAAGAAAAGAAUCGAUUGAUCAAAGAAGGAAAGCUAAGUAAGCGCAGAAAGUAUCUUGAAGAAGAAAAUGCUGAUGGUACGGUCAACAAGAAACCUCGUAAGAACAAAGCUGAGGCUGCUAAAGAGGAAGCUGAGCGUAAGGAGGAGGAAGAAAGAAGAAAAGCAGAAGAGAGGCGGAAGAAGAUGAUCAAAUAUCCGAUCGAAGAUCUGCUAUUAGAGCCAUUGAAUGAUGAGGAAGUGGUAAAGAGCGAAAAUGGGGAUCACAUUACUCGCAGAAAUCUGCGACCGGUUCCUAGCACAAGCCUGCUUCCUGCUGGCAAAGAUCUUUUCGAGCCAAUGAUGAACAGCUAUGUGUUCCUACAAGGAUGCGCGAAAGCUCUUCUGCUCUCCCCUUUUCAUUUGGACGAUCUCGAAUCUGCGCUCAAACAUUCAAGUUAUGACCCUCCUUGUCAUCUUGUCGGUGAGGUACACGCUGCUUUGUUAAACAUAAUCGUACGCGAUUUCACCAAUCAAAAAGUUCCAACGAUCAAAGCUGUUGCCAAAGAUGCAAGCGGUGAUGAAGAAGAUGAAUUUGAUGAAGAAAACAACGAAAGCGAAGAAGACGAAGAGGCCGAGCAAAUCGCAGAUGACGAUGAGGAAGAAGAUGAACUGGACGAAUUAGACAGUAAAGCUUCUAGUGCUGCGGAUGAAUCAGAGAUCGAUUCAGGCGAAGAAGAAGAUGAAGAAGGCGAGAAAGGCGAAAAGAAGCAGGGCGAAGAAGUAUAUGCUGCCGGACGAAAGCUAGGAAGAGGAUGGGAAACAAAACUCCUACGCUCGGAGAAUUUCAGAGCAGGAUGGGAAUACAGCUUGUGCGGUAUCCUUGCCAAACGUUCGAAUCCAGAAACAUUUCCUCGUGGAUUGGCAAUCUUAUCGCACUUGACAGGCGUUGGAAGUUUCUCAAACGGUAACGUCAAGAAAGAAGAGGGUAAAGAAGAAAAGGAGGAGCCUUCUGUACCGGUGAAUGACAUAUACCAAACGCCCGUUCAAAGAUAUGUCACCCUCUCGCUGGGAGACAAGAUUGUCAUGCUGGAGUUUUUAUGUGAACAAGCAGUUUUGACUCGCGGAAUCAAACGAUUCUUUGACGAAUGUGAAGCCCAAUUGACCGAAUUACGCAAAGAACGUGUCGAGCUUGGACGAGCACGACGAAAACUUGCCGAGGACCGAGCUGCGCACGAGGAGAGUACCAAGAAAGAGUCUGAUGAAGAAGAGGAAGGUGCAGAUGGCGAAGAAGGCGAAGAAGGCGACGAAGAGGAAGAAGAAGAAGCGGAAGAAGAGGAUUCUGAUGAAAGCAAACCGCAAGUGAAUGGCAAAAAGGGUCAGAAGCUCAAUGGUGCGAAUAAAACAUCGAAUGGCAAAAAAGGAAGAAAGAUUGCUAAAGAAGAAGAAGAGUCGGCAGGUGAAGAUGACGAAUUGGCUUCGACCGGAGUACCCAAUUCGGAAGACGACUACGAUUCUAGCGGGACAGUUGAUCCUGAAGACCGCAAAUAUAGACGCAACUUUGGCUCUAGACAAGAAGCUAUGCGCAUCAAAGCCAUUCAAAGGGAAGCCGAAGAAGCUGACAGAUUGGCACGCCAACGUCAAGAACGUGAAGAAUACCGAAUUCGUCAAUUGGAAAACAAGCAAAUUGCAGUUGAGCGAAAAAGAAUGGACGAUGAAGAAGCUCGGAUCAUCAAACGCGAAGAGGCAAUUGAACGAGAAUUCCGUCAACACAGUCAAGCGCCAAGACUUCAUCCUUUGGGCAGAGAUCGUUUCAUGGACAAAUAUUGGUGGUUCGAUGGUGUUGGAGCGGCAAGUCUUGUUGGGCCACAAGGUCAAAUUCAGUACAGCACAGGUAGACUAUUUGUUCAAGGUCCAUCAGAAGAAGAAUGGACGAUUCUCAUUGAUGAAUUUGCACCUGGUAAAGAAAUCUUAGAGCAAAGAAGAAAAGAAGAUUAUUCCGAAGAGGGUAUCCUAGGCGCAGAUCAAUGGGCUGUCUAUACUGAAUCAGAAGACAUUGAUACGUUGAUGUUAUGGCUUCGAUCAAAAGGAACACGCGAACAUGCUCUACGGCAUCAAUUCACAAGAUUUCGUAAUUACAUACAACCUGGCAUGCAAAAACGAUCUCACGAUUUGACUGGAGGUUGGAAAGAUAAUGUUGAAACCCGAAGAUCGAAUCGAACAAAAGAUAAUGCUUCUACAAGACCAGCGUAUAUGAACUAUCGAAACGGAUUUGCAAAAGGUGUACAAUAAAAUGUGUGUGUGUGUGUGAAUCACUCCCAAAUUAAUACCUACCGAACUAAAGAUAAACUACUCUCUUGCCAUAUAUUUGGUCUUAAAAAUUGCUUCAUCUGUUUAAUACAAUGAUGUACUCCAUGUAUCAGUAGAAAUGCAUCUGCAACAAAAUACAUACAAUUAAUCGUCG